AUUCAAGUUCAGCCCAGGGCUGGGCCUUGAGGGAGGCAAGAAAGACCCCUAGAGUGCAAUAUCGGAGAAGGCACUGCCUCCUAGAUGACGAAAAUGCAGGGUCGGCCCCGCAGGACCUGAGAGCCAUCCCCUCCUUUAAUUCUGUGCAGGGGUCCCUUUCUUGCCUCACCCUGGCCCCAGCCAACAGAGGCCCUUGCCUGAAAGGGAGGCCAAGCCCUCCGGAGGAAGGAUCAUGCUACACAGCAAAUGUUUAGACUGUAAAUCUUCCUCCAAAAGGCCCUGUGGCCAUUUACCAGAGUGUCUGUGUAUGAGGAAAGGUGAAUAAUCAGACUUUUCCAAGAUCACAGGACGCUGCUGACUCUAAACUGAAACCAAUUUCUGCAGCCAAGACACCACUGUGCCCCACUUGCUAGGCAGAACGGGGGCUUAUGAAGGGAGGGGUUGGAAAAACAACGUUGAUCCAGAAAGCCAGUGAAGUUUUAAAGUCCUCUGGCGUGCCUGUCGACGGGUUUUAUACCGAAGAAGUCAGACAGGGAGGAAGAAGAAUAGGGUUCGAUGUUGUCACGUUGUCCGGCGCCCGCGGACCUUUAUCCAGGAUUGGGUCAGAGCUUCCGCCUGGAAAGCGUGAGUGCUGCGUUGGGCAGUAUGUGGUGGAUCUGACUUCCUUCGAGCAGCUGACGCUUCCAGUCUUGAGGAAUGCGGGUCCCAGAGGUGGCCCGGGGCAGAGCGUGUGUGUCAUCGACGAGGUGGGCAAGAUGGAGCUCUUCAGUCAGCCGUUCAUCCAGGCCGUUCGCCAGAUGCUGUCCCACCCGGGGACUGUCGUCCUUGGCACCAUCCCAGUACCCAAAGGAAAACCGCUGGCCCUCGUGGAAGAGAUAAGAACCCGAAACGACAUUAAGGUGUUCAGCGUCACCAAGGAAAACAGAAACCACCUUCUGCCAGAGAUUGUGACGUGUGUGCAGAGUGGCCGCAAGUGAAGACGACUUGUCCCUGCUUUUCUGCAGGUGAACACAUCUCUUGGAGAGGAGCCUGAGUUCCCUGCCUGUCCAGGUUUUUGGCCUUCGGGUUUAUGAAACCUUGGAGGCUUUUCCAGAGAAAGCCUGACAGCUGUUUUCCAUAAAAUGUUUAAAAGAUCAAAUUAGCCUUAAUGCUGGAUUGACUUUACAAGAUUAACAAUCCACUGUGACUUAUUUAUGCUGAGAGAUUUCUGUUUAUUUCCUCUUGCAGUUGUGCAUAUGAUUUGGGUAAAUUAUGAAAUGAGAAAUGGUUUUCGGAGUAUUAGGUGGAAUUUGCCCCAUUGAAGUUUAUAAAUGUGUUCAGGGAAGGGGGAGAGAAGAGUUCACUGCCUAAUCAGUUUUGCAUGUCAGGAAAAUUAAAUCCCUCUCCAGGAGCAGCUGCAGUCUCCUGCAACUUCGAGUGAUAACAGUUACUUGAUUUUUGAAAAAUCAGUAUGUCAAGAAAAGCCAUUUUCGGUCCUCCCCCUCCCCAUCUCUUAUUGUUUAUCUGUUUGCUUAUUGCUUAAUAAAAUAGAGGUAGAUGUGAUGAUUGC